GUUACCUCGUGCUGUGAGUUCCGAGCCCACAGCAGAGUGCUGCGGGGCUCGAGGCUGCACGGAUGCCGUCGAAUAUCCUACUUCGAACUCCCAGCAUGGCGUCUGCGAAGAAGGCUGUGGCUAGAGCCCUCAAGCUAUGGAGGCAAAUUCUAAUGGUCCUGGUUCCUCUUGUUCUGCUACCUAUGAUUUUCCUCGAAGACGCUCAGAAAGCUCGUUGCGCCUACGUCGUGGCUGUCGUGGGGCUCUACUGGAUCAUAGAGCCCAUUCCACUAGGAGCCACGUCGUUGAUCCCCAUCGUACUAUUCCCAAUGCUCGGAGUUCUUACAACGGAGCAAACGUGUGUACUCUACAUGAACGAAACGAAUAUCAUGUUUGUUGGAACUCUGAUAAUGGCCAUCGCCAUCGAACAUUCUCAUCUACAUCAAAGAAUAGCACUGAAGACACUUUGCCUGCUGGGCACUGGCAUCAAAAUGCUCGUGUUUGGAAUAAUGUUCAUCUCCAUGUUCCUGUCCAUCUGGAUCAACAACGUGGCCAUCACGGCCAUGAUGAUGCCUGUGAUUAACUCCCUCUCGCACGAGCUGCUGCAGGAGAGACGCAGGAGCCUGUCGCGAGGCAAUAUCGACGUCGAGGGGAUAGCAGCGCUCAGGGAGCGUGCCGAGAAAGCUGCUGCUGCCAAUGGAAACAUCAAACUGGUACCACACGAUGACGUUGACGAAGAGGAGUCCGACGUGGUUAUUCCGAUAAAGCCGAAGAAGGAGUACUCGCAGAUCGACAAGGCAACUGAACAUCGAGUUCGCGUGCUUCUGUACCUCAGCGUUCUGUACGGCGCAAACAUUGGGACCAUCACGACCAUUACGAGUGGAGCUUCUAACGUGGUCUUCAAGUUCGUCAUCGAGGACCUAUACAAAGAACGAGCCCCCGUGGACUACGCAUUGUGGAUGUUCUUCGCCCUGCCCAUUGCCCUAAUCGGAACGGCCCUCGUGUUUGUAAUCGUCGUGCCUUUCUUCUUCUCUUGCAAGAGCCCGAACCUCGGGAAAGAAAGCAGUAACUACGCAAUGGCUGCUAUUCGUCGCAACUACAUGGCACUCGGACCCAUCAGGUUCCACGAAGUGGCGGUUCUGCUUCUGUUCAUAUUGCUGGUGUUUCUCUGGCUCUUCCGCGACCCUAUGUUCGCCAAGGGAUGGGCGACAUACUUCGGAGUCAUAAAGCCCAAGGACGCCACGGCAGUGAUGAUACCGGUGAUCUUGCUAUUCAUGAUUCCUUCGAAGCCCCAGGAAGGCUUUAGAGGUCCCGUCCUGUUGACAUGGAAAAUGGUGCAGGCCAAGCUGCAAUGGAGCGUCAUCCUUCUCAUUGGCAGCGGCUUCGCCAUUGCUGAAGCCAUGCGUGUUUCGGGCCUAUCUGAGCAGCUGGGGCUGAAACUCGCCGAACUGGGACACUUGUCGCCCGGUCCGCUCAUGAUUUGCCUGAGCAUCAUCUGCUCCUUCAUGUCUGAACUCAUUAGCAACUGCGGAACGUGCACCGUCCUUCUGCCAGUAUUCGCUGUCCUGGCCGAGGACCUGAACCUGAACCCUUUGUUGUUCAUGAUUCCGACGACGAUCGCCAGCAACUACGCCUUCAUGCUGCCAGUGGGGACGCCGGCAAACGCCAUGGUGUACGAACACGGUCGGCUCACAAUAAUGGAAAUGGUUGUUCCUGGACUUUUGGCAAAGCUCAUCACUAUGGUUGUGACGGUGGUGGUGACGUACGUGCUGGGAGACCCGAUCUUCGGCAUGUUUCACGAAGCCGACUGGUUGUCGGCUAUCACCGCAGGAGACGCCAACACUACUAUCGUCCCCGUGCAAACCUAGGCUUUUCACGGCGCCGUAUAUGUCUGUAAGAUUAUACCUGAAUGUACAAAGGAGCAGGGUAGCACCUUUGAAUAAUGGCAAUCUGACCACUUCCACCUGACUGCGUAGUGUGAACAAAGCCGGGAAAGCUACUAAAAUGCCGAAUUCUUGACUGACGGACACAGUCAUCGUGCCACGGAGAAAGCAUAUAGGCAGCCCGAUAGAUAGAGAUAGAAGAAAUCGAUAUACAGCAUGAAGGUCGCUUCGCUCUCUACAGCGACCGCAUUGCCUUACGCCAGCGUUUUGUAGAGUUACGCCAGAUCGUGUCCUAAAGGAGUUAGCUGCUAGCCUUACAUCGUAUAAGAUUCCAAUUUGUUGCUAUCGCAUUCAUUUGCCCUUGCGGGCAAACUGUGACAAAUUGCCCCAUUCAUUUUUUUCUGCGUUUUCAAGUCAAGGUAGAGGCUGACAGGUGAACAUUCAUUGCGGGAUAAAAGUAGGGUAAAAAAGAGUGAAGAGCCUCAGACGCCUAAGUCUGUAUGGUUGGACCUGCAUUUGUCAAAGGAGUCCCUGUCCUUGAGGAGUUAGUUUUAAAGGGUUAGUGGAACCACUGACAGCAACACCACAUGGCAACUCUGAAAUAAUUCUUCCUAACUGCUACUAACUAGUAAAUCGGACAGCCUGUCUGGGACACUUCGCACUGUAACAUCCAACUUUUAUCUGAAACCCAGAAACGGAGUAAAUAAGGAGAGUUCGUAAGCGUUCUUCGCCAUUGGCCGGUGGUCUUCGCUAAUGAUACGUCCAUCAGGAUUGGCUGAUAUUUUCUCUUGUGAACAAUUCUACCAUAACACGUUUUCUUUUUGUAAAUACGGGCCCUUAUGUAUUUCCUGAAGUACCCGACCCAACCCUCUCGCAAAGCGAGUUUCGCGGUCAUAGAGUGGUAGCCCCAGUUCUGCGUCGCUUGCAGCGACACCAAUUCUCACGUCAUUGAAGAAAUAUUGUCCCAAAUAAAAUAUCACGUUCAAAGCUGU